UGUACAUACAGCUCCGCAUUACUGCCUAUGACAAGCGAUAAAAUUUAGCCGCCAAUUAUUUCAAAACAACAAUUUGGCGGUGCAGUAUAAAAAGAAUUGGCGGUAUAAAUUGGUGAUGUUAGAAAGUUUAGAAUUAUAGGUUUACUUUAAAAUUACAGUAAGUUUGGUGUUUAGUUUAAUCGGUGAUAUUAUUCGGGUAAGGAUUUUUAAAAGAUUAAACGGCAAUUAAAUACGGAAAUGGACGGACGAAAGUUAUCUGGCUCGUAUUGGCGCAAAAGAAAACUGGAAAAACAGCAAAAGGAAAAGAAAGCUUUAGAAAACAGUCUUAAACUCACAAGUUUUUUUACACGGGGUAACACAGACGUAGACGAGAGCAGAAGUAUAUGCGAACCUCAACCUGGACCAAGUACGAGCACUAGCCUUGCAAAUGAGAUGAAUACCCAAGAGACCGGUCUUGAGAUGGAGCCACAGGAAAGUCUUUUGCAAAAUAAUACAGUUGGUGAUAGUAUUAUAGAUGCAAAAACAGACGAUUGGACCGAAUUUAAGGAUCCGGCACUUUGGAAGGAUGGUCAAAAUUUUGUGCAAAUUCUUUUGGAUAACUGGACCGAACAAAUUCUUGAUAAAAUUGACUUUUCAAUGUCUAAAAGAAAACAUGGGGACCAAAAUAGGUAUGCUACCAAGCAAAUUUUUUAUAAGAAGCUAGUUAACUUAACUUAACUAUCAUGGCGAAUCGGGUUAUUGAGGAAAUUGCUAAACAAAUUAAGGCGAAUAAAUAUUUUUCAGUCAGUGUGGACUCAACACCCGAUAUAUCACAUCAGGAUCAGCUAACAAUAAUUUUAAGGUAUUGCAAUAGUAAAGGUCUUCCAUUUGAAAGGUUUAUAGGAUUCUAUGAUAACAUUGGGCAUGGGGCACAAGAGCUUGAGCAGUGCGUCAUGGAUAUGCUAAAGACAUUUAAUUUGGACAUUCAAAAUUGCAGGGGUCAGUCAUAUGACAACGCAAGCAAUAUGAGUGGUCGAUUUUCUGGAUUGCAAGCGCGUAUUAAGGCACAUAAUGAGUUAGCAAUCUAUGUUCUGUGUGCCGGACAUUCUCUCAAUUUAGUUGUUCAAAAUUCGGCGGAUUGCUGCUUCGAAGCAACAUUAUUUUUAAUGCUAGUUCAAGCUUUUUAUACAUUUUUUUCGGCUUCUACACAUAGAUGGAACUUGUUGUCUAGUACAAUAAGAGAUUCAUCAGGCGCUGAGAAAUCGCUCAUGCCAAAAAGGGUCAAUACAACUCGUUGGUCUUCUCGCUUUGAUGCCAUAAAGGCGCUACAAAGUAGUUACAAUUCAAUAAAGACUUGUUUAAAUAAUAUAGUAACAGAUGUUAAUGAGAAAAAUAUUGUAAGAGUCGAAGCAAGUUCGUUAUGCGAAAAACUUAAUUUCUUGGAAAAUGGGAUAAUCUUAUCGUUUUGGUUGGAUAUUUUGCAAAGGGUUAACGAUGUUAAUAAAACUGUACAAAAAGAGAAUUUGGACUUGUGUACAACUUCCCAACUUUUCUCGUCUUUAGUAGAAUAUUUCGAUUUCUUACGGGAUCGCUUUGACCAUUAUGAGAGCUUAGGAAUGUUGUUCAGAAAACGAAAUUUAUAUUGAAAGGCGAAAUAUCAAACGAAAAUUGCAAUUAGGAGAAAAAAGUUCCGACGUGAAUUUGAGCCAGAGAGAUAAAAUCCGCACACAGUGUUUUUUUUUAAUAAUCGAUAAUCUAAAAUCUGAAAUUAUUCGUCGGUCAGAAAUAUAUCAAACAUGUUCAAAUACAUUUGAAUUUCUUUUUAAGCUAAAAUUAAUAGAAGAUGAAAAUAUUAUCACUGUAGCAACCAAACUAAAGGAAAAAUACAGCUCCGAUUUAGAUGAAUAUUUUCCUCAAGAAUAUGUUCAUCUAAAAAAACUAUUAAAUUCUA